CCUAUUGGUGUUCUGCUGGGCAGGACCCCACCCAUGUCCUGCCUGUAGCCCUCUUCGACGACGUUAGCCUCUUUGUCCCGCCCUUCCAUCACCAGCAGCUGCCUGGUCUCCACUGAAUGCCCUGGUUUCUGUCCCCAGGGCACUAUUAUGGGCUUCUCUUCAGAGCUGUGCAGCCCCCAGGGCCACGGGGCAGUGCAGCAGAUGCAGGAAGCUGAACUCCGCUUAUUGGAGGGCAUGAGGAAGUGGAUGGCCCAGAGAGUCAAGAGCGACCGGGAAUAUGCCGGGCUGCUUCACCACAUGUCCCUGCAGGACAGCGGAGGCCAGAGCUGGAGUGGUGGUGGCCCCGACAGCCUAGUCAGCCAGUCCUGGGCAGAGAUAACGAGCCAGACGGAGAAUUUGAGCCGGGUGCUGCGGCAGCAUGCGGAAGAUCUGAACUCGGGCCCCUUGAGCAAGCUGAGUGUGCUGAUCCGGGAGCGGCAGCACCUGAGAAAGACUUAUAACGAACAGUGGCAGCAGCUGCAGCAGGAGCUCACCAAGACCCACAGCCAGGACAUUGAAAAGCUAAAGAGCCAGUACCGGACCCUGGUACGCGAUAGUGCCCAGGCCAGGCGCAAGUACCAGGAAGCCAGCAAAGACAAGGAUCGGGACAAGGCCAAAGACAAGUACGUGCGCAGCCUGUGGAAGCUCUUUGCCCACCACAACCGCUACGUGCUGGGUGUGAGAGCCGCACAGCUGCACCACCAGCACCACCACCAAUUCAUGCUGCCUGGCUUGCUGCAGUCACUACAGGACCUGCAUGAGGAAAUGGCGGGUAUCCUGAAGGACAUCCUGCAGGAAUACCUGGAGAUUAGCAGUCUGGUGCAGGAGGACGUGGCAUCCAUUCACCGGGAGUUGGCUGCAGCUGCUGCCCGUAUCCAACCUGAGUUUGAGUACCUAGGUUUCUUGCGACAGUAUGGGUCCGCCCCUGAUGUCCCACCUUGUGUCACUUUUGAUGAGUCACUUCUUGAAGAGGGCGAACAGCUGGAGCCCGGGGAGCUGCAGCUGAAUGAGCUGACCUUGGAGAGCGUGCAACACACGCUGACUUCUGUGACAGAUGAACUGGCUAUGGCCACCAAAGAGGUGCUGAGCCGGCAGGAGAUGGUCAGUCAGCUGCAGAGUGAGCUCCGGAGUGAGGAGGAGAACACCCACCCCAGGGAGAGAGUUCAGCUUCUGGGCAAAAGGCAGGUGCUACAAGAGGCAACCCAAGGGUUGCAGGUAGCGCUGUGCAGCCAGGACAAGCUUCAGGCCCAACAAGAGCUGCUGAGGAGCAAGAUGGAGCAGCUGGGCACUGGUGAGGCCCCGGCCGUGCCGCUUCUUCAGGAUGACCGUCACUCCACCUCCUCCACGGAGCAGGAGCGAGAGGGGGGAAGGACACCCACACUGGAGAUCCUUAAAAGCCACUUCUCUGGAAUCUUCCGUCCCAAGUUCUCUAUCCCCCCACCACUGCAGCUGGUUCCUGAGGUGCAGAAGCCCCUCCAUGAGCAGCUGUGGUAUCAUGGGGCAAUCCCUCGGGCAGAGGUUGCUGAGCUGCUGACACACUCUGGGGACUUCCUGGUUCGGGAGAGCCAGGGCAAGCAGGAGUACGUGCUGUCCGUGAUGUGGGAUGGCCAGCCCCGACACUUCAUCAUCCAGUCCUCAGAUAACCUGUACCGGCUGGAAGGGGACGGCUUUCCUAGCAUCCCUUUGCUCAUCACCCACCUGAUGUCCUCCCAGCAGCCCCUUACAAAGAGGAGUGGUGUUGUGCUGUACAGGGCGGUACCCAAGGACAAGUGGGUGCUGAACCAUGAGGACCUGGUGCUGGGCGAGCAGAUUGGACGGGGGAACUUUGGAGAGGUGUUCAGUGGGCGCCUUCGAGCAGACAAUACCCCGGUGGCCAUAAAGUCUUGUCGAGAGACACUCCCACCUGACCUCAAGGCCAAGUUUCUGCAAGAAGCGAGGAUCCUGAAACAGUACAGUCACCCCAACAUUGUGCGUCUCAUCGGGGUCUGCACACAGAAACAGCCGAUCUACAUUGUCAUGGAACUGGUUCAAGGGGGCGACUUUCUCACCUUCCUGAGGACAGAGGGAGCCCGCCUGCGGGUGAAGACUCUGCUGCAGAUGGUGGGGGAUGCAGCUGCUGGCAUGGAGUAUUUGGAAAGCAAGUGCUGUAUCCACCGGGACCUGGCUGCUCGGAACUGCCUGGUGACAGAGAAGAAUGCCCUGAAGAUCAGUGACUUCGGGAUGUCCCGGGAGGAAGCCGAUGGCAUCUACGCGGCUUCGGGGGGGCUUCGACAAGUCCCUGUUAAGUGGACUGCCCCGGAAGCCCUCAACUAUGGCCGCUACUCCUCAGAGAGUGAUGUGUGGAGCUUUGGCAUUUUGCUGUGGGAGACCUUCAGCCUAGGGGCCUCACCCUACCCCAACCUCACCAAUCAGCAGACUCGGGAGUUUGUGGAAAAGGGGCAUCGUCUGCCUUGCCCAGAGCUGUGCCCCGACGCAGUCUUCAGGCUUAUGGAGCAGUGCUGGGCCUAUGAGCCUGGACAGAGGCCUAGCUUCAGCAACAUUUACCAGGAGCUGCAAAGCAUCCGCAAGCGACACCGGUGAGGCCCGGAGGGCCCCUUUGCUGGCCAAUAGCCCGUGCAGACAAGAGUGGAC